UGUAUUUUAUAGACUCACUUAAAUUCGUUACACCAAUAUGAGACCAAACUUCAUAUAGUCAAAGUCGGAGAUCCGGACGACGUACAAAUUUUUGCAAUGCCUCAGACCAGGUUUAUGGCAGUCACGGCAUAUCAAAAUGAAGAGGUGACUAAACUUAAAAUCAAAUAUAAUCCAUUUGCCAAGGCAUUUAAAGACACCAAAGUCAAGUCUGAGGAAAAGGAUAGAAGAGAACAUCAAGAUGUUUAUCAGCCAGCACUUGGAUAUGAAAAUAACUUGAACUUUUCUCACCACGAGAAUUAUAAUGCACCAACAACAUCUGAUGAUUGGUUAUCUCAGUACGGAGGCCAAAGAGAACCAAUGAACCGAUGUCAAUGCACAGCUUGUUAUUUUGUCAAGCCACAAGUUAAUCAUAAAAAGUGUGUCCCUAUUAACAGUUCUGGCCAAGACUAUGAACACACCACGUAUCAGCCAGCAUCCUACAGUUGGACACAAUUGGGAGGAUAAUGUAUAAUGUAUCGUUUACAUAUUUUCACAGCCUGAUAUGUUGACUGUUUUAAUUUAAUUUGGGUUAUAUUUUGUAUAAAUUAUAUUAUUAUCCAUUGUUUUAGUUGAUGUGAAUGUAUAUCUAUAAUACAUAUUAGAUUUGGGGUGAAUAAAAAUAUCUACUCAUAUGUUUGUCAAUUAGUAAUUUAAAAUUUUAUUUGAUGUUUUAUCUGAAUGUGCAUCAAUGAUAUCAAUUUUUUUUUAUAACUAAGUAAAAUAAUUAUUAACAUAUAUUAUUCCUCUAAUUCGUAAGCUACCCAAUUUAAUAGAAUAAAUAACAAUUUAUUUUUAAAUAGAAAUUGUUUAAUAAUUAAUUAAUAUUCAAUAUAAUAUCUUCAACAUUUAUCUCUUAAAUUGUUCUACUUAACACACAGUAAACAAUCUUAACAUAAUAAUUAUUCAGUUAAUAUGUUUUUAGUACAUCGUUAUGGACAUGGGUGGUAAACAGGGCGAAAGCCACAUGAUUU